CCAAAUUUUGAGUACGCACUGCAUGAACAAGUUCAUUGCGAAUGAUAAGCUGAGUGCUAUAUGAAACUAACGGCUAUUGUUAACAAUCUCUAUUUACAGUUAUUUAACAAGUAUGAUAACUAAGUGAUAAUAAAAAAUGCGAGCACUUUAACAUUUAUUUAGACAACACUUGCCCCGACUCUGGCAUUGUGAGCGUGUUGGCCUUACGGUGAUCUGGUUGUUACUCGAGCGCGUAUUUAAUGUGACAAAAGUGAAGCGAAAUGCGUGAGACGUCGGGAAUCUGUCAUCAACUGUGCCAUUCACUGGCCAAAGAGUUUCAACGAGAAAAAUUUUCACUGACGCAGGAACCUUCAGAAGUUUUCUUCAAAUCUCAGUGGCAAUGCCAACCGAAGUCGAUUAUAUGGCUAAUCUACCGUUGGCUCUUCGCCGCCACAUUUACAGGCGGUGUAGUGGGCAGCUUAAUCCAGUCAUUCGAUGAGGGCAAAUGGUUUAUCUAUCUCACCAAUUGGGGUUUCCUUCUUUGCAUGUACACAAGCGUCUUUGGCGCGAUUUUGGUAACGAUAUUUUAUUACAGUAAAGAUAAUGUUCGUGUACCUCCAUGGGCGCUUAAAUUAUAUUGGGCUUCUUAUAUUACCACAUUGUCGGUAGCCACGACUAUAACGUUCUUAUAUUGGAUAUUCAUUUUCCCAAGUUACUUUCGAACCCCUUUGGACGUAUUUAAUCUGUGGGAGCACGCCUUCAAUUCGAUACUGAUGAUAUUGGAUCAUAUGCUGGUGGCUUUCCCUGUGCGUCUCUUACACUUUGUGUAUCCAGUAUGCAUGGGUUUAAUAUAUGGAAUGUUUACAGCUAUUUAUUACUUGGCAGGAGGCGUCGACCUUUACGGAAACCACUUCAUUUACGAGAUACAAGAUUGGUCAAAUCCCGGCAGCACAAUAUUAACCUUAAUUGGUAGCUUAAUAGUGGUCUCAGUAUUCUGUUUCAUGCACUUUGGGCUAUAUAAAUUGCGAACAUUUAUUUACAACAAGCGACAAAAUUCCAAGUUUACACUGAGUGUUUAAUUCUGAAUAAGAUUGCUACAAAUAGAGUUUUGAAAUUGAUAUAUCUUAUAUGUAUGUAUAUAUGUAUAUAUGUACCUAUAUAUUGUGUACGUAGAUAUAAGUAUAAUAUUCAAAGCAUGAAAUUUUUGUACCACAAAUUGUUGUCAUAUAUAUAAAUUACAAUAUUAUAAUUAAAUUACAAAAAGUAUU